AUGCUCCUUGCAUCCACCUACGCUUCGCACUCGACGGCCACUCCCCUCCUCCGCGGCUACGCUACCGCUGCGCAGACUGCAAAGAAGACGGUCACCGCAGAGGCAAAGAAGGCAAAGACCGCCGCAGCCAAGGAGAAGGAGAAGCUCAAGCUGGCUGCACAGAAAGAGAAGGACAGGCUCAAGGCCGUUGCGCUCAAGGAGAAGGAGAAGUUGAAGAUCGCAGCCGAGAAGGAGAAGCUGGCAAAGCGCAAGCAACUGGAGAAGGAGAAGGCGCAGGCGCUCAAAGAAAAGAUCAAACCCUGGGAUGCUCUGGACGACCAAGGCAAGAAGUUGCCUCUCCCCACUGCCUCUCGCCCGAAGCGCAUGCUCCCUUUCAUCUUCUACGUCAAGGAGCGUCUUCCUCAGCUGAAGAAUGACCCUGAGUUCUUGGCCAAGCAUGGUGUUGCCUCUGGAGCCAUUCCCGCCCACGUCUACGCGCGUAGCGUGGGCGAUUCGUGGAAGGCCCUGAGCGAUGCGGAGAGGGAAAAGUACUUCGAGGCCUACCGUAGCCACGACGUGGGAUACAGGAAGGCAUUGGCAGAGUGGGAGGCUGGCCUCACGGAACAGGACCGACAGCGAAUCUCGGCUUACAACCGCUACAUCAGAUCGCACCCCGAGCUCAAGGGCCGCGCUACAAAAGUCCCUGCAGUCGAAGGCCAACCCCAAAGGCCUCUGAAUGCCUUUAUGAGAUUCGCUCGUCAAUGGCGUCAAGACAACCCGGACCAAGCCAAGAUACCCGUUUCGGAGAUGGCCAAGAGAGCUGCCGAGGCGUGGAAGAAUGUAGAUGCAGCGCAGAAGGAAUCGUACGAGAGUGCAAGCAGGGCCGAGGGAGAGGCAUACAAGAAGGCUGUUGAGCAGUGGAAGCAGCAGACAGGAGCUGUGAGCAUCUAA